AUGGUUCCGCGGUCGGCACCGACGGCAGUCGUCUUGGGUGCUGUUGAAGAUCGUGAUGCCACUGGGCUCAGAGGCGAGAGAAGUGCCGCAGUUCUACCCUCAGCGGAAACUUCGACGACGGACACUACGUCCACCGCCAAACACUCCACCGCAAAGGUCUCCAAGCACGAACGGGCAGAACUUGCCGUGUUUGAACGAAGGCAAGGCGUGCCGGAGGCCGCUCCCGUCGCUGGCGGACAUCGACCAGAACAAGCCUCCGGAAGCAGCGGCGGGGGCGGGGGCGGCGGCGCCAGAGAAAACUCCUCGGCGGCCGACCGCCCGAACUCGUCCGACGACUUCGGGUAUGGCCACGCCGUCUUGGGGGCAGCACAAGAGCAGGCGCAUCAUGACCAGGACAACCGUGAGAACGACCGGGCGAACGAUUCAAGGCUGAAGCAGUGCCGCUCGAUCGUGACGGCGCUUAAGCGGGCCGAGAAAGUGGUUGGCAAGGUGAGCUAG